AAAUACAUUUUGUAUUAUCUGUCUAAUCUGUUUGUAGACGACGCGACGAAUUCUUUUAGUUAUUAUUAAUCUAAAUACUGUUUAUUUAUUGAUGACUAUUGGUUAAUUUUAUUAACAGAUAUCUAGUGUCUGUGAAUGUGGAACUGAAUACACUAUAGUAAAUAUGUCGGAGAAAGAUAAAUCAAAAUCCAACACCCAAACAAAACAUGUACCUAAAGAUGCUCAAGUUAUCAUGUCCAUUAUGAAAGAAGUUGGAGUCACAGACUACGAGCCGAGGGUUGUAAAUCAACUCCUGGAGUUCACGUAUCGCUACGUGACCUCAAUUUUGGAUGACGCACGUGUUUUCGCCAACCACGCCAAGAAAAAGACCAUAGACUUGGAUGAUGUUAGGUUAGCGGUACAGAUGCAAUUAGACAAGACUUUCACCAGUCCUCCGCAACGUGAAGUGCUUCUAGAAAUUGCUAGAGUGAAGAAUGUGAACCCAUUGCCUUUAAUUAGGCCACAUUGUGGUUUGAGAUUACCUCCUGAUAGAUACUGUUUAUCGGGAGUCAACUACAGACUCAAGCCGGCAACAAAGAAAGCAGUAGCAAAAACAACCAUAGUGGCAACACCAACAAUCAAAACAGUAACAAGUUCAAAGCCCACUCCCGGCCAACAGAAUGUGGUUGUGAAGAGACCACCGGGAGCCAUUGUGAAUGCAUCAAAGCCCAACGUUGUACCUAAACCUGUUCUCAAAUUCACUUCUAGUACUAAGGUGAUAGCCAAGCCUGCUGUCCGCGUCACCGCGGGCCCCUCCUCGCAAGCGCCCGUCAAAAUGGAGGUGGAUGAGCAAUCGGUUCAAAAACGGAAACGAGAGGACGACGACUAUGAUUUAUUGUAAAUAUAAGGUUUUUUUUCUGAAUAAGUUUUGUAAAUUAUACCCAUUUUGUAAAUUAUACCAACACCAUUUUUGAUACCACUGUAUGCUUGACAUAAUUAUCUUAUAGUUUGUUUCAAUACAGUUCAAUAAAAAUGUAAACAAAUUAAUAAUGAAAUUAGCCUGACGAUAAGACAGUCUGCUGAUGUUAAAUAGUAGCAAUGAAAAGUAAAUUAAUCUAACUAAAUAUUCCAUUUUGUUACUAAUUUCAUUUAGAAAAUAUUUCUGUGAUAAUUUUAACAAAACUUGUUUACAUUUUUAUGUAAUCUUUAGAAACAGGUUGUAAUUAUAAUUAAUGUAAAAAAAAAAAAAACAAUUAAGUUUUAAUUAACAGUGCCCAAUCUAGCUAUUUUGACGCACCAGGCAAAAGUUAACUUUUCAAUAGUCAGACACCCUCAACUUUGCCUCGUUCACCUCUUUCUUAUAUUAGAUGUCAUAUAAUGAAUUUUUUUAAAUUAUAUUUUUAUUAUUCACCUGUACUUGUAUUUGAAAUAGGAAAAAUUACAUAACUACUUUAGUAAGCAAAGAAGGAUCUUCAGUAUUGCUAAAUUAUUUUAUUUUGAGUUAACACUGUCAUCUAUUGUAAAUGGCGGCAAAUUAUUUUUUUGUCCGGAGCGCAAAAGUAACUUGAUCGUGCACUGGCCGUAAAGUCAUAAAGUCGAAGACUUUAUCUAAUAUAUGCCUUUCAAGGCUUAUACCAUGUCUCCACACAAGUGUGUGUAUAGCUUUGUAUUAUUAAAAUGGACUUUGUCAUUUGCAAAUUAUUAAAUAUAUUUUAUUAUUACUUUA